AGAAGUGCAUUUAGGGAUCUCUGCGUUCUUUACCUACCUGACUUUGCACCUUCCGUGAAGAUUUUCCAGUGGUCGGAGAUGUGUAUAUCUACACCAUCGACGAAGUAGUGGAAAAUCGUCCCGGCACGCACGUCCCAACCAAGAAUACGCGAAGAAUGAACGUCGACCGCGAGACCCGUGUGCCGAGUGAGGGGCGGGAGUGUCCGGCUAGAGCCCCGGAAGUCUCGGAGGCAGCUGGGCCGUCGGUGCCUGCCCGGAAUGCUUCCAGCUCAUCCCUCACUGGCGAGCAGCACACGGCCGACGAAGACCAAGACUGCGAGCUCGGGAGGUUACAGCAUCCCGUCACGAUCCCGGAAAGCUACUCCCUCCGCGAAACCACCGUCCGGGCGAUCGUGCACCGACUGCUGACCUAUCGCCUCAUCCACCUGCGCGGCCCGCCCGCCUCGGGAAAGUCCGUCCUCGUAUCCCUGAUCAAGCGGCACAUCACCCGGGAGUUCCCGGACCACCGAGUGGUAACCGUCGAGUGGCCGCACGCCGUCACUCGGCCUCGUCACACCGAACAGUUCCUCGACGACAUACUCGGGAUGACAAUGGAGCAGCUGUUGGGCGAGAAGAAACUAGUCCUCCUCAUCGACGAGGCGCAGAUGAUGUUCCGGAAUCAGUACCUGUGGAAAGCGUUGCUGAAGGCGACCGAAAAACAAUCGAGUGGUGUCUGCGUCGGCCUGUUCUCGCUCUACGGCAGUCCGAGUUCUCUAGCGGUCGAUCCCGGCGGCGGCACAUCGCCGCCCAUCCUUGAUCUGCUAUAGCGGAUAGGACUGCUCGACUGUCAGCAGUCCGAGGACAGGGUGAGUGUGCUGCUGACCGUCCAGGAGGCAGAAGAUGUGGUCGAGAGGUACGGAAGGACCGUAUGAUCGCCAGAGAAGCCGAAAUACACACGAAAUCUGGUCGACGGGCUGUACAAGCUUUCUGGAGGUCACGUUGGGGGAUUGCGAGCAUUACUAACGAUCCUUCACGCGAACUCCACGAUCCAAUCCCACGUCUCGCUCCGCAAGCCGCUCACGUGUGCCCUAUUCGCCACCACGCUCCUCAGCGACUUCGAAUGGU